UCAGUUGAAACACACUUAUACACACCAUCCAUCAAACAAUCUACGCAUUCGUAUUAUCUGUGCCAAGCGCUGAUGGUCCAGCUGAUUUGCAAAAUUAUACUGACAGCACUGGAAUAGCUAAAGAUAAGCUGCAGUCCAAAGAUCGGCUUCAAAACAAAACUGAAAAUAAGAGUGAUUAAUCUUGCAUUUUAUAACGUGUGUGCUUCGUAAAAAAUUGUACAAAUUAACAUUAAUAAUUUUCUUAGAAAGUUAGUGCAAUUGCUUAUCGGAAUUGUCAUGUUAUCUAAUCUAUUUCACUAUUUUGCGAUUGUGAUAUUGGCGUUUUGUAAAUAUUCAAGUCAGGCUUCAACCAUAGAUUCUCCAACUUAUACUGCAGCUGUAGUAGAAUAUUUUCCAAUAGUCGCUGGAAUCGAUGGCAAAGAAAUAGCCGAGGCGAAUUCCAAUAAUUACCUGACGAUAAUCAAAACUGCUUCGACCUACAAUGUGGAUAUACUCGUUUUUCCAGAAUUCGGUUUGUCAAGUCUUCCGAAGGACGGUCAGAGAGAAAAACUAUUUAACGCAACUGGAUACCGAGAUUAUUAUCGCGACGUAGCCUCUUACGUCCCUCAUCCCGACGAAGCCGUUGUACUGUGCAAUGCCGGUUCUAAAUAUGCAAAGUCGCUGCAGAAGAUCUCCUGUGCAGCUCGAGACUCGAGGCUCUACGUCGUGGUGAACCACCAGGAGAAGGUCGACUGCGAGCCGAACUUAUCAGCCGACUGUGCUCCGGACGGUUUUCUACUCUACAAUACGAACAUCGCGUUCGAUCGCGAGGGUCGAGUCGUCGCGCGCUACCGCAAGUACAACCCCUUCAAUGAAUUUGGAACCAACGUCACCCUCGAGCCUGAGCACUCGAGCUUUCAGACGGAUUUCGGAGUCACCUUCGGCCAGUUUAUCUGCUUCGAUUUGCUGCAUCAAGAGCCGUCGAUGUAUUUCGUGAAGAAUCCUGAUGUUAAGGAUGUGAUCUUCUCAACGCACUGGUUCGACUAUCCGCCGUUCCUUGAAGCUACGGAAAUACAAGCCGCUUGGGCUUAUGCAGCUGACGUCAAUUUCCUUGCGUCAGGAUACAGCGAUGCCAUCACCGUUAGUGGAGGUAGCGGAAUCUAUGGAGGCAAAAUGGGCCCCAUCGUCACAUACCACCCGAUGAAGACGAGCAACGCUUUAGUGGUAGGCGAGGUCCUAAAGCACCAUCAUCGAGAAAAACAAGUCGAAAACUUGAAGAAGCCCAUCGUUUACGAGUUUAAUCAUGCAGAGGUGCCAACCAUUACGGGGAUUCCCCCACAUGUGAAUCUUUCCCGAAACUUCAAAGACAGUCUGCUACUCUAUACGAGUGAACUGCUCGACGUUGAGAAGUCCUCUGUUCACGUAACGACCCUCUGUGAUCGUGACAUUUGUUGCGAUUUUCACAUUGAGACUAGCUUUGACAAGAAAGUAGCUGCCAAGCGUGACGCUGUUCAGUACAGAUACCGUAUAGUGGCAUUCAACGGCGUGACCUCCUACGGCAACAUGUCAACCUCGGGUCUGGAAGUUUGUGCCUUAGUCACUUGUACUGGUGACUCUUUUGAGAAUUGCGGUGAUUACUACGACGAUAGCACCAAUGUAGUCAUGCCAACGAGGUUGGAUUCGGUGAUAAUAACAAGACGUGUCAACCUGGACGAGCCAAUUUUCUUCUUUCCGACAACACUGCUGCUGCAAACUUACGAGCCACUGGGUAGCUCAGACUUCGCCUACCUGACCAGUGGGCCGAGCGAGUCCAGUCUGAUGGUGAUGCACUUGAUCAAACCACAAACUAGACUGGCCACUUUUGGCAUCUACGGCAGAAGGUUCGAUAGGGAUGGAGAGCCGCUGACGAUGCCUAGCAAAGCGGUCGAGUUGAACAUCUCGUUUAUGGCCUUGAUUGGACUAUUGGCGGUUUUCGUAGUCGUAGGUUGCUGGGGUUAUCCUAGAAAGACGAUGGUAAUAAGGAACAAGGCUGAGUGAGGUGCAAGAAGAUAGAAAUGAAAUUAAAUGCGUUCCCUGUUAAAAAUAGUUCAUAGAAGUACAUUGAAAUCGAUAAGACAUCUUAUUGAAUUGAAUGGUAAGUCUUAAUCGCCAUUUUCACAUUAAAACUAGAUUAAAUUCGAUAGGGUCAAUAGAAGUCGAUUCAAUUCUAUAUGAAAAACAAUAAUUUAAAUAAAUAGAUGGAAAACAGCAAUUAAAAUCCAUUGAUUUCUCUAUAGAUUUUAAUCGAUUCCCAUUGACCCAAACUAAUUUAAUCGAUUGUUAUCGCAAAAAUCGUGAUUAAGACUUACCAUUCAAUUUGCUAAGAGGUCUUAUUGAUUUCUAUGGACUAUUUUUAGCAGGGAUAUUAACAAAAAAAUACAUAUAAUAUACAGUCUAUUUUUCUAACAUUCGAGCCUUAUGUAACUGCUGCGUCAGUACUUAUGAAGCCAUACAAUUUAUAAAGAUGUACAGUCUUGAAGUAAUAAUUAAACUAAAGAACAUAACUGAA